CUGACAGGUUUGAUGGUUUCGACAACCAAAACAAUAGUCGUCGUUAUUACUCACAAUUGCAUAGCAGGCUCCGGUUGCCAUGCCUCAACGUCAGCUAGCCCACUGCCGCUGUCGAGCCGUCGCAGCGCCAGAGCGUGUUUGCAUCCGCCAGCCCGCCAGGGGUCCCCCCUUCACGCCCCCUGCCCGCAAAUUCUGCCGGGAGCGCCCCGAGAGCGCCCAGAUGGUGAUUGGCAGGGUGUGACGGCGCUGCACGCUGUCCUGUGCCUGGCGCUAGAGCCCUCGCGGCCUCCGUCACCCUCUUCCAGCUUCCCACUUCUCUCCACUUCGCUCUCUUCUCCACCAUUUCGCUCUCUACCCUCGUUUACUAUAAACUGCCUCCCUGCCGCCCUCCUCCUGUCCACUCUUUACAGGCUUGAGGUCUAUCGUUGUUUGUCUUUCAUUCACAUUCUUUGCACUCUUUACAGAGAUCCAGUCAUCUCUACCAGUCUCUACGACUCACCCACACAAUCACUCACCACUUGCCCAUCUUUGGCCUUCACUCGAAUUGCUAGUCGAUUCACUUUCAUCUUCCAUCACACAACAGCUUUUCAGCACUUGAUCAACCACUUUCUCUCCGUCAAAAUGAAGACUUCCAGCAUUGUCGCCUCCGUGCUCUUCGGCUCCAUGGCCGCCGCUGCUCCCAUGCUCAACAAGCGCGCCUAUGUGACGCACACUUCCACCCUCAUUCAGACCGAGGUCACCUACACCACCGUCUACGCCGACGAGGUCGCUCCCAAGGCUUCCCAGACCGAUGCUGCCUUUUACGAGAAGACCGGAAGGCCCUCUGGUCGUCCCACUGUCUCCUCCAAGCCUGUUUCCUCGGCUGCUCCCGUCCAAUCCUCAACUGCCAAGUCCUCCGCCGUUGCCAUCCCUAAACCUUCCUCUUCCACUUUCGUGCCUCCUCCUGCUCCCACCACCACUCAGGCUCCCCCCAAGACCACUUCCCAGCCUCCUGUAGCUCAGCCAACCACCACCAGCAAGGCGAAGCCAACCACCACCCAGGUCCAGCCACCUCCCGUCCAGCCCUCCACCACCUCGGUUGCUCCUGUCCCUGCUCCUUCCUCCUCUGCUCCCGCUAAGCCAUCCACCCCCUCCACUGGCGGCGGUGAGACCCACUCGGACGGUUCCAUGACCAUCCACCCCUUCGGUGGUGCCCUUGGAUCUUGCGGACAGCCCAUCAAUGACAGCGACAUGAUGGUUGCCCUCGCCUCCGACGUCUACGGUGCCUCCACCUACGAUGUCAUGACCGGCAACCCCACCAACAAGUACUGCGGAAUGAAGAUCAACAUCACCUACAAGGGCAAGACCGUUCCCGCCACCAUCAUGGACAAGUGCGACGGCUGCACUCGUGGCGGUCUCGACGUCUCCCAGGCCAUCUGGGACCAGCUUGUCGGCGCCCCUGGUGACCGUCUCCAGGGCAUGUCCUGGACUGCUGCUUAAGUACAAAAAACCCAUCUUAGAUACCCUCUUCUUUAUAGGAAGACGCCUUCGUCUUGCCUGUUUUCGCCUUUUGCGUAGCUUUUCAAUGAACAAACCUUUUACCAAUCUCAACCAUGUUGCCUUUUCAACUCUCUCUCAAAACGGCAACACCAAGAAGCUAGCGCAGGCAGGAUCAGCGCUUUGCACGACAUGUCUCUCAAUCAAUCACGAACAAAAUCCAAUCAAGCGCAUCAAUACCCUUCCUAUCCUUUGAAGAGCAUCCUUCUCAAACUCUUUGUACUUAGUCGGUUCGUUGUCCAACCAUGUCCUUUUUCGAGCUUCAUUUUCACUUCUAUGUAUACCACUUUUUUUGAUCGCGCGGGAGGAAGAAGAGUAACGGUUUUUUGGUCUUUUUGGUUUAGCACAAUCUUCUUAGAUUAUAAAAAGAGGAGGACACAUGAAAUACAUACCUUUGAGCCUUUAGGCUUCUACACACAAAUUGCCUCGUUCUUUCCUUGCUACGUGAAUCUCGUCGUGUCUCAUGAGUAGUCCAUCCUCAUCCCUGCGGGGAUCUCUUACCGUCCAUCCAGGACGAACAGGGACCACAACUUGAACAACGUCGUCGUCGUGGCUCGUGGCUUGCAUUUUCCCCUUCCCUUGGCUACGGCCCUACCUGGUUGUUGGGUACCUGCCAACGAACAAACUUUCGCCGAACCCGCGCCCCUGGCGAAAUAUAAACUUUUGCCGUCAAAAAACAACGCACAUCAUUUCGCCGUGAAACAA